AUAUUCACCAAGGUUAUGUAUACAAUAAUAGCCAAACAAGUUUAUGACAAAUAUACUUCGUCACUGGGAAUUGUCAGAUGUCUGGAGGUGAGUCAUGGGAACGGACAAUCUGUUCACUCUGCAGACCUUUAUAAACCUUGUCCAAAGCUGACAACGGUCCAUUCAAAAUUCCAACAAUUCAAGAAGAAGAGUUACCAUCAGCUCACUAUGCUUUAUAUCUGGAUAUGCAUGUUCCUGGGGCUUGCAGCUGCUGCUCCUCAGUAUGACGACGAUAAGAUUAUUAAUGGCUAUGAAUGUGCCCAGCAUUCCCAACCUUGGCAAGUUUACAUCAGCUACAAUGGAGGACAAUGGUGUGCUGGAUCCCUGAUUUCAUCACAAUGGAUCAUAUCUGCAGCUCAUUGCUAUAAGCCGCCCAAUACCUUCAUUGCUCACCUUGGGGAACAUGAUGUUACUAAACAAGAAGGAACGGAACAGCGUAUCCAGGUGGAAAAGGCUAUAAUCCACCCCCUCUAUGAUGAAGAAUCCGCCGAUCAUGAUUUCAUGCUGGUCAAACUAGCUAAGCCUGCCCAGUUCAAUCAAUAUGUCCAACCCAUCCCAGUAGCCUCUUCCUGUCCAACAGCAGGAAGUCAGUGUCUGGUGUCAGGCUGGGGAAACAUGAGAAUCAUUGGAGUGCAAUAUGCUACAAAAUUACAGUGUCUUGAUCUCCCUGUUCUGUCGGACUCCAGUUGUAAAGCUUCUUAUUCAAACAUGAUCACUUCAAAUAUGUUUUGUGCUGGUUUCCUAGAGGGUGGCAAAGAUGCAUGUUCCGCCGAUUCUGGUGGACCACUGGUCUGCAAUGGAAAGCUGUAUGGAGUGGUCUCCUGGGGUCGAAUGUGUGCACUCCGUAACUAUCCUGGUGUCUACACCAAAGUCUGCAACUAUUUUGACUGGAUUAAGAACAUUAUAGAGCAAAACUGAAGCCAAUUUUACACCGAAACAAACAUACAAUAAAGCAUAGUGAAAGUUCUCAGCA